AUGUCAUUGCAGCUGAACUGUUGCCUGCUGUUCCUUCUGGCGACCCUGGAGGUACAGUGCAGCGCCCAGGAGACAACCACCCGGCCAACAACGUCGUUCAAGCUUCACAGGCCACUGGGGUUCAACAGCAACGGAACCCGAACUUUCAAUCACAGCAUCGUGACGGUCCGCAGGAAGCCGCUGUUCGGCAGCCGCAGGCUCAAGCCCAAACUAGAGAACGCAGCCCCCACGAGCACUGAGAGCCUGCAGAACGUCGUUCCCGACUACAAGAAGUCACCGCUGGAGGGAAAGGACGACGCUGCUCCCACGACGACCAUAUUCCCACCACCCCCCGUGUUGCGUCCAUCACCGGUAGAGAGCGCGGCCAACGCCCCGCAGGUGGUGCCCACAGAGCCGACCUUCAACCCUGAGACGUUCUUCACGACGCGGAAAAAGAAUCCCGUGGUGGUCGUAAGGAGGUUCCCCAAAGGGCCUCAGGGUCAAGGCGAACGAGAUGCAGGGCCCCCAAACGUCGCAGGCCCCCCGCACAACGCAGGUGGCAACGUGCAACCGGGGUUGCUGCCGAUCGCCAACUUUCCCAGGCCACUCCCGAGGCCCGGCUACGGUUAUCAACCUCCUCAGCCUGUAUUCGGCGGUUCGAUCCCAUUGGACGUCCUCAGCGCUCGAGGAAUUCCCAAGUUCUUCACGCAAAGAGAUAUUGAUUUCGUCGCUCAGGCCUUUAGGAAUGCCGCUGGUAAUGAGAGUAUUCCACCUCUAAACAUUCCGGCGUUCAAUGUCCCUUCGGCUAACCAAACUCAGCAGCCAGAACAGACUCAGGGAGGCAUUGUCGGUGCGGAAAAUCAGAAUCAAAACCAGCCGCGAUUGCGAGUGCCUGAGAACGUCCUGAGGCAAGGUUACGCCGACAGCUUGAAUGGUGGUUACCCAAACCAGCCGAGACCUCCUAUAGAUGGCUCGCAGCAAACAGUUCCACUGAACGCGCAGCAACGUCCCCCACUCGGCCCCGAUGGGCGUCCUCUCGUAUUCCAGGUGCCCAAUGGAGCGUACCGAGUCGCCUAUCAACCCCAAGCGGGGCCAUAUCCUAACAACGUACAGCCUCAAUUGUACCCGAACGUGGUUCCGAACGGUGGCUACCCUCAAGGACAUGGUGAAGACCAAGCGUACGGCCUGGACCCUAGACUAUUCCGACCCAGCUACCCCAUCGUACAAGGUGGACUACAAGUCCCUCAACGCAAGCAGCAGCCAUUUAAUCCUGCGCUUCAGCAUCUGCCGACGUCAAGGCCCGGCCAGCAGACGCUUGCCGCUCCGAUCGAGCAGGGAAGGGCUAACCCGGGCCUCGUCUACCAGAACUACCUGCCAGUGCAGAACCUCAGCCCCGUCUCUGGGUUCUCCCCCAGUGGGACAGCCAACCUACAGGCUGGCGGCUACGCCCCCAGUGGAGCGGUGCCGCGGGGCUUCCGCUUCAUCCCCAUCCCCAGCAACGACAGGGUCGUCGCCCUUCCGGACGAGGUGUUCGCCAACAGCUUUACGCCGAACCAGCUCGUCGAGAUCAGGGACGGCCGUGCCAUCCCCGUGCAGCCCGUGUACGCCGUGUACCCGGGAAGGAACAUGAUCGGCUAUCCACCACCAGCGUCUACAAAGGAGGCUGCCGAGCGUCCACCAGUGGGAGGCGUGGUGCGCAGGCCGCUGUACCAGGGCGAGUACGCUGGCGGACUGGACGUCCCGCCUCAGGCACCUCAGAAGAGAACAGGAUUCGUCGGAGGCCGCGGACCGGAGGUGCCUUACUCAGCCGCUGCGCACGACGUGAUGUACUCCUACAGACCGGAUGUGCUUCCUGGUUGCACCAACGGAAGCAAGGAGGCCAUCUACUGUCUCCGAGACGAUGAGUAUCCACGGGCGGCUCUGCAUUUGUCCGUGGACCUGGAGCAAAACACGAUGCACAGGCUGCUGCCGGAGACGCCCGAGGGAGAUGGCAGCGCGGCGGCCGCGCUGUUCGUGGACAGCGCCGUGCCCGUCACAGAAUCUCCCGCCACCCGCGGCAGCAGCAGCAGCCACGGCGAGCAAGCGUCCGGCAGCGGUGUAAACGGCACAGUCGCUGAGUUGCCCCCGCCAUCGCUGACGGACGAGGGGUUCGCCUGCGCGGCCCGCGUGACGCACGCCCGGCCAUUGCGCGCGCGUACCGUUCAAGGCCUCUGGAAAGUGGUGGUCAACAUGCACAGUCCGCAUGGUCGGGGAGCCUUCCAGCAGAUGGUGCGCACCGAAGAGUGCAUGGAACCCGGAGGCAGCUGCAGCAACCUGGUGCAGUCGUCCCGGUGCGUACAGAAGUACAACCUGCACCGGCUGGUGGUGUGGACGCGCCAGGAGGGCAUCCACAUGGACACAUUCCGCCUGCCAGUCGCUUGCUCCUGUUACCUGGGGAAAGCCGACAGGAAGGCGACACAGCGUCGAGCCCCCGGCAGGACCUGACUUAACAGCCACCCAGUCGCCUGCGAUGACCACAAUCAGUGCCGCACGGUCGGCCCGUGUCUGCCGGCAACUGAGCGCGUGAUGACGCCCUCCAAUGCGUCGCCAUCUUACGUCGAGCCCUGCGCUUCAGAAUACGGGACAGUUAUUGUAUAUGUGAACACCGGACACCCAGUGCGGCCGCCAUAAUGCUCUCAUUAUUAUUAUUUUUUUUCUGAAAACUGCGAUGGGCGUAAAACUUGCUUAUACAAGGUUGUGUGGCCCGCGGCUUUGGAGUAUGGCGUUCCCAACAGACUCUGGGGAGAGACAAGCCAGGAUGUCUUGUUUUUGUUAAAUAUUAAUAUUACUACUACGAGAGGCGUCUCAAGAUUGGCCGUCUCACUUAAAACGUACUUGUCGCGAGUGGGUCGCGAUGCAAGAGAUGUGGCGAAAACGACUGCUUUCUGGGCGACUGGGCACUGGGAGUGGACGUCCUCGCGUGUGCGUAACACGAUGUACUUUGUUCGCGGUCCCGUUGCUGCAGCGUCGCAUGCGGCUCUUGCAUGCAAAACAUUUUGCAAUUUUCUACCAGCUCGUAGUUGCGAGAGUAGCUGAUGUUAUCUGAAUAUGGAACUGUGACCACGUUUUGCUGCAAAUAUCUCAGCUUUCGUUAGGCCUUGCGAUGACCUGAAAAUGUGCCGCUUUAAACCAGCCGAAGAAGUAAAGAAAAAAAAAGAAGGAAAGAAAGAAACACUGAUAGCGUUACAGCAAGGUUGAGAGUAAACUCACGAAAAAAAAGAAAGAAGUAAUGAAGUCUUUAGUAUCAUACCUAUACUGUCGGUGGCGUAACGAGAACAUAUAAUUAUUUUUAGGUACAAACGUUUCCUGAAUCCAUCGCCCCUUCCGUCCAACACUCUUAAACGAUGUGCUCACGACUUUAGAAUGCGGUUUUUCGCAAUAGCUUCUCACCCUUGCCGCACCAGGCUACCUCAGAAUCGUUUGCUGUCGCAAUUGACGUCGAGCCUCCGAAUAUUGUCACUUCCCCACGAGUCGGAUGCGUGACGCUCACGCGUCGUCACAGGCGCACGCGCGUCGUUAGCAAGUCCCGGACACGAGGCGCAUUUGUGUGGGGGUCAUCGAUUCUUUGCCGUGUUGGUUCCGUUAUACGGCACUUAAGUUACGGUACGCUGACCGCACUUUUAAAAUGAGUAUUUCGACUUCCUCCUGACUGUCGUGCAUACCCUGACCACUAUCCAGCGGCCGUGCCCUGACUCGCUAUACGAAGCGGUACAUAAUUGGCGACAGCGAAGUUCUUUCCAUCUCUGCAUGUAUUGCGACAUCUUUAGUUGUUGUUUUCUUUAUUUUCCUUUUGGGAGAUGCGAGAGAAAAACCGGCAGCAAUCCUGUCUUUCUUUUUUGUUUUUUCCUGCCUUUCGGAUCUUCUACGACCUUCUCGCCCCUGUUUUUACUGAGGUGAGUUAUAUAUUUCGCAGUCGCUACAAUUCGCUUCACCUUUAUGUUAUACACCUCCGUGCCGUCUGCGUGUAUAUAGUCGGCUGUUCAGCGCGCCGGGAAGGCUGUAGAUGUAGCCAUUCAGUUUUAUUAUGCUUGAAUGCAUUCGGUUGCUGCCUGGUGCAUUUCUUUUUUGCGUUUUCGUGUUACCGUUGCUAUGCCUCGCGCGCUUCUCCGCCGGAGCUGAGAGCAGGAAGCAUCUCAGCCUACUUGACGGGGAAUGGAAAGGCAAAUGUCAACUUCGCCACAGCUGGUUCUUUGUGCGUUCUCAUGAAAUAUUUUCUAUGUAGUUUAUCUUUGGUUGACUGUUCGCUCGAGUUGAAGUGAAAUAAAAGCCACA